AUGGCCUUCGCUCCUGUUGCUCCUUUGACAGGAGAGCAUGGCCAGGCUCUUUCAAACAUUUGCAGGUUGCUCAUGACGGGCACAUAUUCUGAUCUCACAAUCACAUGUGGCAAAGACAAAUAUGCUGUCCACAAAGCAAUCGUCUGCUCGCGAUCCCCCUUAUUCGCCGCUGCCUGUGAUGGCGAGCUCAAGGAGACCAAGACUGGCGCUAUUGACCUGCCUAACGAUGAUCCCAUCGCGGUCAAAAUGAUGAUCCGCUACCUGUACACUCAGAACUACGUACCCCCAGAGACGUCAGAUGCUUCUGAGUCUAAGACAAACUCCACCCAGAAGUUUGAACCGGAGCAUGUUUCAGUGAAAAGACAGUGCGUGAGCCAGGCUAGUCCUUCCGGCCUUUUCUCAGCUCCGACAUCCACUGCACCGCCGAGACCUGUUCCCUCGCAGCCCAGAGCUCAAGUUUCUGGCGUCCGACGUGACAGUCAUUGGGGUUCGUCAUCCGGGCCGCCGAAGAACCCCUUUGCCCCUACCCCUGCCGCACCAGCUUCAGACCCCCCUGCUCCACCACGACCCCCGAAUCUCGUUCUGCACGCAAAGGUCUACCAGCUGGGCGAGAAGUACGGGAUGAAAGAUCUCAUGGCUCUUUCUCUCUACAAGUUCAGGGACGAGGCCGUGACCCACCACCACAGCGACUCGUUCCGACAUGCUUCACGCUUUGUCUACGGCUCGACUGUUACGCAAGAUCGUGGAAUGCGCAACGCUGUAGUCCAAGCAGUCAAGACAAACAUCGAUUUGCUUGAUGAUAAGGCGUUUCAAGUCGUCAUCAAGGGCACUGAGCUGGGAUUUGAUCUUCUCCUGAGCCUCACUCAGACUCGACGUGGAGAACUCAAGCGAGAGGCGGCCUCCUUGUAG